AUGCAGAAGGGUAAAGACUUCGCCGCAAAACAUUGCCCAAAUGCAACCCCCACCAUCUAUGCUUCAUAUGAUCAAGUCUACUCGGACCCAGACGUGGAUUGUGUCUAUAUAGGAACUCCACACUCCUUUCAUAAAAGCAACUGCCUCGACGCCAUUGCCGCCGGGAAGAACGUUCUGUGCGAGAAGUCGUUCACCAUCAACGCCCGCGAGGCACGAGAGGUGCUCGAUGCUGCAGAGAAGAAAGGUGUUUACAUCCACGAGGCGAUGUGGCUACGGCAUCGACCUCUGGUGGCAGACUUGAGGAAGCUCUUAUUCAAAGAUAAUGUCAUUGGGGAUAUCUUCCGUAUGUCCUCUGACUUCAGCUUACUGGUGCACAUCCCUAGUUUGCCAGACACCUCGCGAUACAAAGAUCUUAAGCUUGGUGCCGGAACGUUGCUAGAUACUGGCAUCUACCCGCUAACAUGGGCGUUCCUGGCAUUGGAUCCCAACAACCCUGAAAACUCCGAAAGGCCGACCAUCCAUGCAACCCAAAGCCAUCUCCACGGAGUCGAAGUCACUUCGAGUAUCCUGGUACAAUACCCAUCGACGGGAAGACAGGGGAUCGUCAGCUCCACCACCAUGUCGGGCGGGCUUGGCGAAGCCAUUUGCCGCAUUCAAGGCACCGAAGGCUACAUCGACGUACAUGGCGCAGCGCCAUCGCAUCCUUUGUCCUUUACAGUCUAUCGACGGAAAGAGGACAACAAACAUGACUCUGAAAGCAAAACAUAUGACUAUCCUCGUGUCGGGCGGGGGUUUUUCUACGAGGCGGACAACACCGCCCUCGACAUUGCGGCUGGCCGGAAAGAGAGCGCCAUCAUGCCUUGGAAAGAGACUAUCCGCGUCAUGGAGAUUAUGGACGAGAUCCGAAGGCAAGGAGGAACGAAAUACCCUCAGGAUGAAGUGAUGAAGGGAUGA